AUGUCGGUGAAAUUGCGGAGUGAUAAACAAAAUAUUUUCCUUGUCGGACUGCCUAGCAAUCAAAUAAAUGGUGCAAAAUUACCAUCUAAUCGACAAGUUCUCUCUGUCUUAUUUUACAAUAUUCGCGAAGUUAAGCUAACUGUCAGUGAAAGCGCAAAUCUUGUGAUUAGGGAGUGCACUAUAUUUUGGGAAAAGGCAAGAAUUCCCACAAAGGCAUUUCCUAACUGUGUGAAGAAACUUGUUGAUUUAUAUAGUUUGGAGAGAGCUACAAAAAAAUUUGCACAUGCUGAUGCCUUUGAGAGAAUGAAGAUAGAGGAAGACAAAGUAUUUUUAAAGAAACAGAGAGAGCCAGGUCGACCUGGAUGCUUAGGCGGUGUAGACAAAAAAUUGGCGGACAAAGAAGAAAGAGCUAGGCAAAGACGAUUGGAAGAAGAGGAAAGGAGUGUUAGACAAAGAGACUUGCCAAGCGUUCCCUGUUAUGACAAAAAAUUACAAAGAGGUAGAAAGAAUCUUAUAACACCUAAACUAGUCGCAGCUUUAGAUCGAUGCCAGUUAAGCAUAAGAGACUCCGUUUACAUUCUUCAUGCGGUCGUAGAAGCUCUUGGUCUGAGCAGCGAUGAUUUCCCCAUAAACAAAUCCUCGAUUCAGCGAAUCAGAACUCAGACGAGAAAAUCCAGGGCAGAAGCAAUAAAAACUGACUUUCAGAACAAUGUGCCUGACGUGGUCACAAUCCAUUGGGAUGGAAAACUAUUACCCGGAUUGAAUGUACGAAGUUCAAAAGUAGAACAUUUGCCAAUUCUUGCUUCAUUUGACGAUAAAGAACAGCUUCUUGCAGUGCCUAAACUAGAGAGUUCUUCUGGAAAACAUCAAGCUAAAGCUGUCGCAACUACUCUUUUUGACUGGAAUCUUCAUAAUAAAGUUCAAAUAAUGUGCUGCGACACAACAGCUUCGAAUACUGGCCGUUUCAAUGGAGCUUGUGCUGUUUUGGAGCAGACUUUAGAAAGGGAACUGUUGCUUUUCACUUGUCGUCAUCAUAUUUAUGAAUUGGUUCUAAAAUCUGUCUUCGAAACCAAGAUAAAACAAAUAACUAGUAGCCCAGAUAUUCCAAUCUUCAAAAAAUUCAGAGACAAUUGGAAUAACAUCGAUUCCAGCAACAUUAAAUUACCCCUUGAUUACGUAAAAGAACAUGUUGCCGAAACAAACAUUACAUCUUUGUUAAUGUUUUAUAAGUCAGAACUAGACAAAGAUUUUAUAAGAGACGAUUAUCGCGAAUUAGUUGAACUAUGCGUAGUAUUUUUGGGAGGAGAUAUGGAGAAGAAAUUAAAACUCAGGCCCCCCGGAGCUAUGCAUCAGGCGCGAUGGAUGGCGAGAGCGAUCUAUUCUUUAAAAAUAUAUUUACUUCAGUCACAAUUAAAAAUGACUGCGCAGGACAAAAAAGCCCUACAAGAUGUUUGCCUAUUUAUCGUCACAUUGUAUGUUAAACCUUGGCUCAAAGACACAGUGGCAACUAAAGCACCUAACCAAGAUUUGUGCUUCUUGAAGAUGUUAAAAGAGUACGAAAAAAUUGACGCAACAAUUUCUAAAGCUUCUAUAAGCAAGUUUAGCCAUCACUUGUGGUAUUUGUCUGAAGAGGCAGUCAUUCUAUCACUUUUUGAUGAUGAUGUUUGUAACCAAACCAAGAUAAAAAUGAUUGCCAACUUAAACAGAAAUAAAAGCUCAGAUUUUGGCAAACGCUAUGAAACAUCAAAGGAAGAACUAACCCAAAAGUUGUUCGAUAAAACGCUAGAUGAUUUUGUGUCGGAAAAGAGCAAACAAUUUUUUUCUCGACUGCAGAUCAUCGACAGUUUUCUAGGGGAAGAUGUAUCUUCUUGGAAUAAUAAUGUUGCUUUACUGGAAACUAAAAAAAGAAUAAGUCGUUUGAAGGUUGUAAAUGACACUGCUGAAAGAGCUGUUAAAUUAAUGCAAGAUUUUAACGGACUUAUUACGGCCGAAGAAGAGCAAAAACAGUUCUUGCUGCGCUGUGUUCAGGAACAUAGAAAUUUGUAUCCGGACUGUAAAAAAGUACACUGAAGACAAGUUACCCCGGUUAAGUGUUAUUAUUUUAUGUUUUUAAAUAAAGAUUUAUGUUGUUCUUAUUUCAUUUUAAUUCAUUUCCACUGAAUUUGUUGCAUUUAUAUUAGUUUUAUAACAG